GAUACAGCUUGGUUAUAUAAACAUUCCAAUUAAAAUACCUGUAGUGGAUAAUAUUAUUACAUUUCGCUAAUAAUAUGGUGAUGGCAGGGAACGAAAGUACACCUGGAUCUUUGGCAGAAGAUUCAUUAUCUACAAGAUUACAAUGGCUUCGUCAACGUAGGGAAGCAUUACAAGAAAAGUUAGCACAAAAGAACAAUGAACUUAAAAAUCUAUGCGUAGAGGAAGCAGAAUUAACUGGUGUCUUACCACCAGAAAUUCCAUUAGAACCGGGUGAAAGCCCACCAGUUUUUCGUAAAAGAGUUGGGACAGCAUUUACAUAUCCACAAAAUUUAAUUAAUAAAUUAAAAACAAACGAAGUUGAGGAAUCUGCUUUGGAAUUAGAACGACAAGUUCAAAUUGGUAUAGUAGAAGCUGCUUUAGGAAUUGUAAAUGAUCCUAUGGAAAGUAAAGCAGUACGUCGUAAGCAUAGGCUUGUUUACCAACAAAGCCAACGUAGACUUCAAGAAUUAGAAGCUCGUUUAAAUUUCCUAAGGCAAAGCCGUAAUAAAACACAUCAUUCAGCACAACUUCAGCAUCCAACCAUUUGCAAUGCUCAACCACAUUUACAUGCAAAUGUGAAACAUAGAACAAAGAAACCUCGACCACCAUUAGAUGGCACAGUAAAUGACGUAAAUACAAAAAUUACAAGAGGAUUGCUUCAAGAGGGUGGCAUAAGUUUAAGUCCAUUAGGAUCAGAAGAUAAGUGUAACACAUAUCCUAAUCAUGGUUAUGAUGAUCAAUCAUUGCUACCUAAUACUUGUAAUCAUAAUCAUAUUGGUACUUACUGCCCUACAAUUUCUGAUCAACGACAAAGUAUAAAAAUAAUAGAACAUGAUCAUAACGAUAAUCAAAAUGUUUACAUACUAUCUGAUCAAUAUCGUACGCGAACAUAUUCUCACGGUAGUGGUGGAUCACGUACUCAAAAUCUCUAUCAUGAUAGUGAACGAAUGUAUCGACCUUUGCCCAAUGCAUAUACCGAAGAUGAACGACAUAUACGAUAUCGUCCGUUUCAACAAGAACAAGUGCAUAAUUAUCAACAAUAUUCUGACUAUAAACACUUGGACAAUGAUGUUCAGCGGAGAUCCGGGCAGGAAUAUUAUGAAAGAGAUUUUCGCACAUUACACUAUACGCAUAUACCUGAGUUUCCAGUAUAUCAUAAAAGUAAUUCUCAAUCACAGUCUGUAUUGAGACGAGAUCGUGACACUAGUACAAAUAAAAAUUUACGAUAUACUGACUCGCCGAAUGAAUUACCAUCGGGCUAUUGGAUGCGAUACGAAGAUGAAAUUGUUUGGUGUACUGAUGAUCAACCUGUUUCGGAUAGGUUUGGUAGUUUAGAUCGAAGGAAACGCAAUGCCGUUCAACACACUAGUAUUGGCACCGAUAUACAACCACGAUAUCGUACAGUAUCUGUAGGAUGUAGUAAAAACUCUACUUAUAUUGCAUCUCAUCAAAAUGCUUCUGUUCAUUUACUUCCCUUAUCCGAACAGUCAUCAACUAACAAUAAGAUGUUACUACGUACACAGUCUUUAGGUAGUGUAGAAAAAUGGCAUUCAAAUCAUUUGCAUGAAUUACAUGAUAGCAAAGAUACAAUAGAUAAUAUUGGAAAAAAAGGAAGAGAAAAAGAAUGGUAUGAAACUUCUUUGGAUUCAGGUACAAGUCCAGGCUCGGAUAUUAACUUAAUAUCAUCACAUAAAAAUAUCCACUACCAGGCCACUUUGCCUGUGUGCUCUAAAUCAUCUACUGGCAGUAAUGGUGAAGAUGGAAAAAGUAAUUAUAUUCCUUCAGUAAAUCAUCGUAAAAGUGAUAUCCUAACAGUUGAAACUGACCAACAUUUACAACCAUUAUCAUCUCGUUAUGAACCAAUACGAAAAAAGGUGCUUGAAAUUCCAGCUGAAUCUAAAUCACCUCAAGAAACAAACGAAGAGACAAUUAUGUUAGGAUCCUCUCAGAAUUGUACAAUUGUACAGGCUGGGAAAUAUCAGCCAUAUAGAGAAGUCACAAAACCGUUUGAAAUGUCUGAUUUUUAUAAAUAUUCCACAAAAUUUCGUAAAAGGAAUGAAAUAAGUGGACAAAAUGUUUCCAAUGAAACGCAAGAUGAUUCUCAAGGAUCACACUAUAUUGGAGCAAAUGAUAUACUUGGGGAAACUGAAUCUUCAAAUACGAUACAUAAUGGAUCAAUUGCCAGUUCAGUUCAAAAAAGAAUUUAUCAACCAGUUCAACGAAUGACGUGUCAGCCUUAUCUCACGUCGUUAAGAUAAUUUUUGAUCAUGCAUAAAGUAGGGAUAAUCUAAAAGAAUGAUGUA